AUGCAUGCGGACGGAGCGUCGAGUCAACGACACUGCAGGGGUGGAGUUGUGCUCAUCUCCCCAGAGGGGUUCCGACUAUACUACGCCUUAAGCUACCUGUUUCCGACAUCCAACAACGGGCCCGAAUAUGAAGCUGUGCUAAAUGGUCUCCAGCUCGCCAAGGCCUUAGGAGUUGAGCGAUUGAGAAUCAAGACUAACUCCAGGCUGGUAGUCGGGCAGAUCUCCGGCACGUGUGAGGCUAAGAAUACACGAAUGACUUUAUAUAAAGAGCGGGCGGUCGAAAUGUUAAAGAAAUUCGGAGCUUACGAAAUAGAAUACAUCUCCCGGGCAGACAACGUGGAAGCCGACAUAUUGUCUAAGAUUGCCUUGGAGGGAGUACCGGAUCACCUUGUGAAGAUCUGCCAAAAGGAGGAGUUAGAUCGACCAAGUAUCGAGGAAACAACAGUAGAAGUCAAGCAGGUGACUGGCGAGGAAUGGGACCGAGAGAAGAACCCCGAGAUGUUCGGGAUAGAGGACAUCCGGCGAUUCACGGAAACAGGCGAAUUACCGGAAGACCCAGGAGUCGCCGCUAGGGUUCGACAAAAAGCCCCUUCUUUCGAAAUUAUUGAUGGGCAACUAUACAAACGGUCGUUCGGAGGUCCUUUGUUGAAAUGCUUGCUCAGGCCCGAGGCCGAAAAAAUAAUGGACGAGGCUCAUAGAGGCAUCUGCGCCACACACCAGGGCGCCCACACGCUCGCCCGAAAAAAGGACACUCGGCCGGCUACCUUCUACACGCCGGUCACCACGGCUAUUCCAUUUGCUAAGUGGGGAAUCGACUUGUUGGGGCCGUUACUGGCAGCCCCCGGGGGCCUGAAAUUUUGUGUCGUAGCUAUCGACUACUUCACCAAGUGGGUUGAGGCUGAACCGUUGGCCACUAUCACCGAGUGCCAAUGCCGACGCUUCCUAUGGAAGAGGGUGAUUUGCCGCUUCGGCUUGUCCGAGCAUAUUGUCAGCGAUAAUGGGCGACAGUUUGACUGCCAGGCGUUUGCUGACUUCUGCCGCCGACACAAUAUCCGCCAUACCAAGGAAGAUAUCAGAGGAAAUUGGGUGGAUGAGCUUGACCGAGUCCUAUGGGCUUAUCGCACUACGCAGCGGCGAGCAACUGGAGAGAGCCCAUUCUCCCUCGCGUACGGCUUUGAAGCUAAGGUCCCAAUUGAAGUGGUCGAGCCCACUCACCGGGUCUGCACUUAUUCCGACACGGAGAAUGAAGAAAGUCUUCGAAUUGAGAAAAAUUUCCUAGAAGAAAGAAGAGAAGACGCGAGUGCUCGGAUGGUCGAAUAUCAACAAGCGGUAAAAAGAUAUCGCGAUCGAAGGAUUCGCCCACGAACCUUCCAGGUCGGCGAUCUUGUAUUACGAGACCGGCAAGCGAGCCAACCCGCGGAAGGAGGCAAGUUCGUGGUAAAGUGGGAAGGACCCUAUCGCAUUGCCGCGGUGGUCCAGGCCGGCACUUACAAGCUUGAAACUAUGGAAGGCAAGCCUGUGGAUCGAAUCUGGAACGUCAUCCACUUGAAGAAGUUCUAUCAGUAG